UGUUUUAAACCUAAAAGGCUGAAAGUCUAACAACCUUUACUCUGGCCGUCCGUUCAUCUCCCUCUCUCAAAUCGUCUCUCUCGUUCUCUCUUCCUCUCUCGAAUCGUCGUCCAUGGUGGUUCCGGUGAUCGCAGAAGUUAUCCUGAUUGUGGUGCGAUUGGAGGGCUGCAGCUCUUGAAUAUUAGCAGAAACAGUUUAGUUGGUCCUCUGCCCACGUUUCAUGUCCAUUGAAUUCAAAGAUAUUGUUAAAAUUGGACGCACUCACACUCAAGAUGCCACACCUUUGACUCUUGGGCAAGAGUUUAGUGGCUAUUCUACACAAGUGAAGUAUGGAAUUGACCGGGUCUUGUGCACUCUACCCCAAAUGUAUCAGGUUUGAUGUAAAGAUAGCUGCAGCAGUAGCUGACGAAACAAACUUACCAUUUGUCAUUGCAGAAAACAAAUUUGAAACUUUGAAAACUAAUAUGCACAGACUAGAGACAGAUACAGACAGACAAGAGGUGUCUUGCCUGAGACUGGACAUUUCGACCAACGUCAGCCUAGAUGGCGUCGAUGCCUCAUCCAUCAUUUCCAAAGCCACCUCCACCGUGGCCAAUCUCAUUGGCAAACCUGAAGACGUUGUGAUGAUUGGGUCGAAGGGUUCAAUACCCAGAUCAAUGAUAUCAUUUGGUUCAUUUGAUGGGAAUGAGGAAGCAUCAGCCUUUGCUGAGUUGGUGUCCAAUCUCGGCAUCAACUUGAAUACAAAGGAUAAGCUGAGUAGUGCAAUUGCCUCAAUUUUUGGGAGCAAUUUGUCCAUCUCCAAGACGAGAUUCUUUGUCAAAUUUUAUGACGAGGGGUCAACCUCUGGAACAGCAAAUCAUGAGAACACAGCCAUAGUUUCCAUGGUAAUGGCUGAUUUUUGAGGGUGUGAAUCUGAGAUUUUUGAGGAUGAGGAGCCGUUGCAACCGUCUGCGUCUGAAAUGGAUGAGCCAAAUGAGUCGUUGCAGCCACAUGCUCGAGGGUGUGAGGAUGAGGAUGAGGAUGAGCCCGCCGUAACAGUGCUAGUGUCAAUUCCCCCUCAGACGCUGCACUCGGCUCGAGCACAAGCGGCAGCAAAUGAUGGCUGCUGAGCCACAAUUAGUCAUUGGCGAAAACACUCCGUUGCAGCGACUCGUGGCAGUUCAGGGGUCAAUUCCCCCCAAUAGACGCACUACUUGGCUCGAGCUCAAGCGACAACUAAUGAUGGCUGCUGAGCCUAGCCGUUGGCGAACACACUCAUUUGCAGCAAUUCGUGGCAGUUCAGGGGUCAAUUCCCCCCACUAGACACAUCAAUCGGCUCAGGUGCAAACUGCGUGUUCCAGUAGUUGAACAUUAUGAGGUACAACGCAAGCGCAAGGCCAGGAAAUGCCCAGUGGGUGCUGAGGAUGCUUCUGAAAAUCAACCCAAUGCUGAAGAUGCCAAUGCUGAGGAAGUGGCUCUGGGUUGUGUUCAUCCUAAGGUUCAUCAACAUCAUUCCUCGGGCAUGUGGAAGAUUCACCACCAUCAUUUCUCAAGCGUGUGGAUGAAAAAGUAUUAAUGGAUAUGAAAAAGGUCUUGAGUAUCCAAGCAUGGCACUUGAUGAGGCAAUUGUUCAUCUUCAAAACCUAUUUACCUACUCUGGAGGUCAUGUAGUUAGAUGGAAUGAUGGAGACUCUAGUAAGGCCCAUGGAACUGCUAAAUUUAUAAAAAAAAUUAAUAUCGAGUUUUAUGCAGAUUUUCUGAAGUCUUCGAAGGGGAAAGACAAAGAAGUUGUUGAGGACACUCAACAUCAAUGGUUUAAUUGCUGUGUUGAUCCGGUUUUCACAAUAAGCAAGCAUAUUCCCAAUGGAUACAUAGAAGGACGUGGUGGUUCUUCAUCAGUGAGUUUGGCCAAAAAAAAAAAUAUAUAUGGAUAACAUCAUCCAGGUCUGUUCUAUUCUUGUUUGAUUUGCUUGUCAGAUUAUUAAUGUCUUCUAAUGUCUUCUUGCUUUGUUUUCAGGCGAUGGUGAAUAUUCUACACAAUAUACGUAUGAAAAUUUGGGCAUCAAUACGGACACAUCCACACGCCCGAGGAAUGAUGGUGGUGAAUCUUCCACACGUGUGGGAAUGAUGUUGAUGAACCUGAGGUUGAACACAACCCAGAGCGACUUUCUCAGCAUUGGCAUCUUCAGCAUUGGGUUGAUUUUCAGAAGCAUCCUCAGCACUCACUGGGCGCUUCUUGGCCUUGCGCUUGCGUCGUACUUGAUCAUGUUCAACUACUGGAACACGCAGUUUCCACCUGAGCUGAUUGCUGCGCCUGGUGGGGGAAUUGACUCCUGAACUGCCACGAGUUGCUGUAACAGUAUUUUCGCCAACGGCUGAUUGUGGCUCAGCAGCCAUCAUUAGUUGUCGCUGGAGCUCGAGCCGACUAUUGCGUAUGUUGGGGGAAAUUGACUUUGAACUGCCACAUGUUACUGUAACAGAGUGUUUUCGCCAAUGAUUGAUUAUGGCUCAACAACCAUCAUUUGCUUGUGCUCGAGCUGAGUGUUGCGUCUAAGGGGGGAAUGACACUGGCACUAUUAUGGCAGGCUCAUUCUCAUCCUUACACCCUCGAGCAUGUGGUUGCAACGACUCAUUUGGCUCAUCCAUUACAAACGCAGGCGGCAGCAACGCUCCUUAUCCGCAAAAAUUUCAGAUUCACACCCUUGAAACUCAGCCAUUACCAUGGGAACUAUGACUGUGUUCUCAUGAUUUGCUGUUCUAGAGGUUGACCUCCACAAAAAAAAAAUAGAAAUGCAGAUGGUUGUAAACAACAUAUUCUUGAGUUUGAUGUAAGGAAAAAUGCAAUGAGAAAGAUAGCUUACCUCGACAUAAAAUUGGACGAAGAAUUUUGAUGUAAAAAAUUCUGAGAGAGAUAACAUAUUUCUCGGUCAACUUUCC